UCAAUAGAUAAUAAUUUAAUAAUAUAUAAAGCGUUGAAAAAAAAAAAAAAAUCAGAGAAGAAAAAGCCGCCAUUGUUAUCUUCAUCAAGAAAACCGUGAGAGCUCUCGUCAAGACUCAGACUUGGACUCACUGAUCGAACACUAAAACGCUUUCGUAAGGUGGAAUGGCAAAGAGUUACUUCAAGCAAGAGCAUGAUCUUGAUAAGAGACGUGCAGAGGCUGCUAGAAUUAGAGAGAAAUACCCUGAUAGGAUUCCGGUGAUUGUGGAGAAAGCAGAGAGAAGUGAUAUUCCAAAUAUUGACAAGAAGAAGUACCUUGUCCCAGCUGACCUAACCGUGGGACAAUUUGUUUAUGUGAUCCGCAAAAGGAUUAAACUAAGUGCAGAAAAGGCAAUCUUUAUUUUUGUGGACAAUGUUCUCCCACCUACAGGUGCAAUUAUGUCUGCCAUAUAUGAAGAAAAGAAGGAUGAAGAUGGAUUUCUUUAUGUCACUUACAGUGGUGAGAACACUUUUGGUUUCUAAAUCUUAAGACACCCUCUGAUUCACCUCUGUUUAUCUUCAUUAUUAUCUUAUCACUUAUCUUCUCUCUCUCUCUCUCUCUCUCUCUCUCUCUCUAUAUAUAUAUAUAUAUAUGCUAAUGUUGCUCUUAUUAUCUCUACUGUAUGAACACCUUGCUAGUGGUGAUAUUGUGUAUAUAUUUAAAAAAUUGAAUAUAUAUGUAUGUAUGCAUGUACAUACUAGUACAUUGUUAAUGCUAAAUUCGUAUUCUCUUGUCA